UUAGGAUUGAAGCGCCUGGUGGCACUCCGUACUUGUAAUUUCGUCAAUAUAAAACCCCUAAGAUGCCGGGGUUCUGGAGUAUCGUACGAGAUACGAAUGCAGAUGGGCGAGAAACGUACCAGCCUGAAUGACAGGACGGCAUCAAUUCUCAUUGAUUCAAUUGUUCUCGCUCCACCAACUGACGAAUUAUUCAUAUCGCAGGGACUUUCUGCUGCUGAUCGUCAUAGGAUGGAGUACGAUCGUUAUCAGUGUCGAUCACAGCAUAUGUCACUUACGCCGCAGGCUGAUCUGUCGGAAGUGUGUUCACGUUAUAUCUGUCCCGUAUCGGCAAUGUUAUUCAAUCGUAGUCUGGAAUGUGACUGUGAUCCGACUGGCUCGCUUUCCGGCAUCUGUUCCGUAAAGGGUGGUCAGUGCGACUGCAAACCGAAUAUUGUUGGACGAAGGUUAUGUGAUCGAUGUGCUGUUGGAACGUACGGUUUUGGUCCUUCAGGAUGUACUGCGUGUGGAUGUGAUAGUGUUGGCGCACUCAGCAAUAACUGUGACAGACAGAGUGGCCAAUGCCUGUGCAGAGAACGAGGAAUUACAGGAAGGCAGUGCAAUCAAUGUCAACCAGGAUUUUGGUCAUUCCCGGAUUGCCGGGUGUGCCAGUGCAAUGAUCAUGCUUCGAUUUGCGAUCAGAAGACUGGCGCUUGCAUUGAAUGCCGGGAUCUCACUGACGGUUAUUAUUGCGACCGUUGUAAGGAUGGGUAUUAUGGUGAUCCACGACUUGGCAUAAAUCUACCAUGCAAACCGUGUCCUUGCCCUGGUGGUCUGGACAGUGGUUUUCAGCAUGCAGAUACUUGCUAUCUUCGUCCAAGUGAAGAAAAUGAAGCGCCCGAUGUAAUCUGCAAUUGCAAAGCCGGAUAUACCGGAGAACGGUGUGCUUCUUGUGCGGUGAAUCACUGGGGAAAUCCGAAUGAGUUAGGAGGAACAUGUGAGCCUUGUGACUGUAACGGUAACAUCGAUGUUUUGGUAGAGGGGAGCUGCGACCCUGUGUCCGGUGACUGUAUCAAAUGUCUUCACAAUACGGAAGGAAUUCAGUGUGAAGAUUGCAUCGAAGGUUAUUACGGUGAUGCGAAGAUAAGAAGCUGUCAGAGAUGCGUAUGCAACGAUUUGGGAACAAAUCGAACAGCAGGAACAUGUGAUCGUGUUACGGGGCAAUGCCCAUGCUUGCCGAAUGUCGUCGGACAGCAGUGUGACACCUGUGCGCCCCAGCAUUUCGACCUUGCUAGUGGAAAAGGUUGUGAGCCAUGUGAAUGUGAUCCAGCGGGUGUUCGUCUGAACGCCGAUGGUACGCCGGAACUGCAGUGCAAUGAGUUUGAUGGACGGUGCAUGUGCAAGCCGGGAAGAGGCGGCCGAACAUGCUCAGACUGUGAGGAUUACCACUGGGGCGAUCCAACAACUGGUGAAUGUCGUCGUUGUGAAUGUAAUCCGAUUGGUUCAGCAACUCAGCAGUGCGAUCGCAAUAAUGGCUCUUGUGUAUGCCUUCCUGGCUCUGGAGGUCCUUUGUGCAACAUGUGUGCCAGGGGAUAUACCGGACAGUGGCCGCAUUGUGAAGCUUGUGGUGAAUGUUUCCAGAAUUGGGACGAAAUUGUACAGAAUCUGAAGAACCAGGCCGCAACUCUAAUUGAGACGGCAAAUAAUAUCGAGGAUACCGGAAUUGUUUCUGUUUAUGACGACGCAUUUGAAAAGAUGGAAGCCACUUUGACUGAUUUGAAAACGCAAUUGGAAUCAGCCAAUAUAACACGAAGCGAUAUCAAUGAAUUACAGGCGGAGAUUGAUAAUCUGCGCAAAAAUGUACGUAUGUCACUUGGCGCUCGUACAACUGAAAUAUCAAGCAGCGUUGAUAAGGCCGACGUCGAACUGAAGUCGUUGACUGCUGAGGUUGAGAAGCUUUCGCAAAAAUCUGAGGCACUCAAGGAAAACGCAACUCUGCUGCGAGAAGCUGAUGUGCAGGGAGCCUAUAAUAUUAGUCGAGAAUCAGCAGAAAAGUCGGCUGCUGCGAAACGACGCAUAGACCAGGCAGACACAAAGAUCACCAACGCCGAAAGUGAGCGGCAAGAAGCAAUAUCGUUGUUGGAGAACAAUCAGCUUGAUUUUGAAAAGCAAUUCAAAGAAAAUGAAAUGGUCUUGCUGACAGGCUUCGAAAGCAUGUUACCGGCGUUAAACAGGGAUGUGUGUGGGGCUGAAUCCGCUCCUUGUGAUCAGCUAUGUGGUGGGCCUGGAGCUUGCGGGCACUGUGGUGGGCCUUCUUGUCUUUCUGGAUCAGUACGAAAGGCUGAAAAGGCGAAAUUAUUCGCAGAAGAGGCUGAUCAGAAACUCAAUGAGAAGCAGAAGGAGGCUGAAGAGAUCCUUGCCCGUGUUCGAGAAAUUCUUCAACAUACUUCUGUCACAAAAGGUAAAGCAAUGGAUGGACAUGAUAUUGCGGAUGCGGCAGCCAAACAGGCAAAUUUAACACGGACGUCUUUGGAGGAGAUGGUUGCGCAAAUGAAUGAGUUUCUGAACAGUGAUCAGCGUUCUAGCCCGGAACAAAUUCGGGCAUUAGCUGAAGAAAUAAUGGGUGCAACGAUAUCUCUUACUCCCGACCAAAUACAAGAACUCGCCAAUAAGAUUCGAGAAAAAUUGAUGAACAUCAAUAACAUUGAUAUCAUUUUGAAUGAAACACGAGGAAACAAAACAAUUGCUGAGGCUCUACAAAAAUCGGCGGAGUCGGCGAGCAUGCGCGCAGCCGAAAUCAGUUCUUGCCAAACGAAGAUCUCUGUGAGAUUUUACUGCGCAUUUUAUAAAAAAGAAAAAAAAACAAUAGUUUUAUGUAUGCUGUUCACGUCCUUCAAUCCUUUUUUUUGUGCUUAA